UCUGUGGAAACAUGACCAAUUCCGAUUGGUUGUUACACUUCCACAUCUGUUUUUACUUUUUCCGUUUCGUAUCAGCUGAUCAUGAGGCUGCUUUGGAUGUUUUUCCCCAGCAUGUCCAAACUAUAAAAGGUCAAUUAAACCCGUCGUGUACAAAGUAGGGAUGAGUUGUCUUCAUCCUAACAUGCUGCUCUUCCUCACUGUGAUGAGCCAUGUUUCUUUGGCAACCUCAUCUUUUUCCCAGCUGCCGUUCUGGGCUGUAUGGAACGCCCCCUCUGGCACCUGCCUCUCUCAGUAUGGAGUGGAUCUCGACUUGGGGACGUUCAACAUCGCCCAGAACCAGAACCAAACGUUCAUGGGUGGAAAAAUAACCAUCUUUUAUACAGAUAAACUGGGGCUGUAUCCCAGGUACAGCCAAGGGAAGGCAGUUAACGGCGGGGUGCCCCAGAACUCCAGUAUCAAUAAGCACCUCAGUGUUGCCAAAGAGGAUAUCCAUAAAUAUAUACCUGAUGAAGACUUCCAGGGCUUGGCAGUGGUGGACUGGGAGACCUGGAGACCUGUGUGGGAGAGGAACUGGGACACUAAGCACGUGUACUUGGAAGGAUCAAGAGCCCUAGUCAGGUCCAGGCAUCAAGACUGGAAGCCUGCACAAGUGGAUGCUGUAGCUCGGGCAGAGUUUGAGACAGCGGGUAGGAAGUUUAUGGAAGAGACACUGAAACUGGGCCAGAAGGAGAGGCCUGACGGACUGUGGGGAUUUUACGGUUUCCCCGAAUGCUACAAUCAUUACAAAAGCAUCAACUACACUGGUGAGUGUCCCACCAUGGAGUCCAAGAGGAACGAUGAGCUGAUGUGGUUGUGGAACGUCUCCUCGGCUCUGUAUCCCAACAUCUACCUGAGCUUGGAGCUGCGAGCUCUUAGCAGGGAGGUGUCCCUCUACGUUCAUCAUCGCAUCCUGGAGGCCAUGAGGGCUGGAGCUCAGGUUGCUCAGCCUGCUCGGCCUGUCAUCCCCUACGCUUGCAUCGUCUACUCGUAUUCGCUAGAGUUUCUCUCACAGGAGCAUCUUGUUUACACCAUCGGAGAGAGCGCCGCCUUGGGAUCUGCAGGGGUAGUGCUUUGGGGGGACCACGCUUUCUCCAGAUCCAAGGCAACAUGUAAUGCCGUCAAGUGGUACAUCGAUGACACACUAGGACCGUAUUUGGUCAACGUAACCGCAGCGGCCACCCUCUGCAGCCAAGUCAUGUGCUCCUCAAGGGGGAGGUGCGUCAGGAGGGACCCCAAGUCGAGGGUGUACCUUCACUUGGAUCCCGCAUGGUGGAAGGUGGUGGCCGAGAAGAAAGCAGAAGGCGGGCGGGACUACACCGUGAUGGGACACGUCAGGACACGGGAGCCAAACAAAUCGAAGAUGGAGGAGUACGGUGGCCUGCGAUAGAGGUCACAGCGUCCUAUUUCUUCCAAGAUGGAGCAGGGAUAUCUCCUCACAGUCUUGCCAACAGGCAGGCUCAACGCCAGCAAGCAACUGGAGCUGAUCAAUACGUUUGCUGGUAAAUCAGCGCCGCCUUUGUACAUGAAAAUCUCUCGGGGAGGGCUGUGAUGUUGUGCAUCUUUUGUGUUCUGCGCGCGAUAUUUCCGUUUAAAGGCUCCCUGAUGAGAGGUGACCUGACAAGACUGUCACAUGUGACUUAGUCUGCUUGCACUACAUCCAAAGACACACACACACACACACACACCCUCGCCAGAGCCCAUCAGGGGCUUUAAAGAAUAGCAUUAAGGAAGCACUCGCACCAAGAUGGCUCCUGCCAAACUUUCACAAAGAGCCGCUCAGGUGGAAAAUUACAGCGGCCAAUCAAUUGUGUCAUAGAAAAGUGCUUCCUUUAGCAAAGUGUUGGGCAGUAUAGGCUGCUCACAAUGCUGCCAGUCCUCAUCUAAAUUCAAACCAGUAAAAGAAAAUCAUUUUACUAAUCUUCUCAAGGGAUGAUACUAUAGAAAUCAAGCGUGGAUGUUUUAGAGUAGUCAGUGUACGGCUUGUGUAGCCGUAUAGAUUUACUGUCCUGUGACAUACAGUAGCUGUAGCUGUUUAGACAGUAACGGCAGCGUGGUGAGUCAUUUUCAGUGGAUAGUAAACCUAUACUGCUCUACAAGCUGUACACUGACUAAUCUAAAGCAGGGGUUCUCAACAUUUUUAC